AUGACACGAGAGCCGGACGACACUCGCCGCUUAGUAUCUUGUUUAAAGAGAGUCAAGAAGGAAUUUAGCCGGGAAAAUUUUCGUUUAGAAUAUGAAUACCCCGUUGAUUUUGUAAAAUUACAGUAUGGCCCCUCUGUCCUGUUCAUUGUUUGGUCCGUGUGUUGGGCGAUCCUACAUGUACUCGGACUAGGACUCCAGCCUUACUUCUACAGGAACUAUGACUUUGACCUGAAGUGGUUCUCCUAUCUUACAUACUGGGGGUACACCACUCUGUGUGUGUUCACAUUAUGGGACAGUGUGGCAGCCAUUUAUGUUCACAUUCGGCGACAAGAUAUCAUCAGAGGAGAAUGCAAAGCGAUGCCAUGGUACUUGAAGGCAGUUUGGGUGCAGUUUAACGUGAACACCCCGAUAGCACUGGUGAUAACCAUUCUGUUUUACUUAUUUAUUCCAAAUGAUACCAGUCCCAAUAGCAUUCUAGUUCACGCCAUGAACACAGUCUACGUCAGUGCAAACGUCAUCGUCUGCGCAAAACCAAUGCGCAUGCUCCAUGUCUUUCAUCCAUUGCUGUAUGGCAUAGUAUAUCUGAUUUUUUCUGUGAUUUACCAGAAAACCACUGGUCAUGUGGUUUAUACUCAGCUGAACUGGGACAACAUGCCACAAACAGCAUUAUUCAUGCUUGGCAUUUUGCUGCUAAUUCUUCCUUUUUUAUACUUCAUGUGUUUGCUUGUCACAAGGUUAAGAACACUGUUGCAUACAAAGCUGUGUAAAAAGAAAACUUCGUCUAUAGCUCCCUCACAAUUACAAGAGUGUCCAAAUGAAAGCAACAAAGGAAUCCAGUUAGGAUACGCAUAG